AAUAACUUCUCUGGGCUGUCCUAUCUAUCCGGGCUCUUGCACACAGAUAGAAAGCUUUAAUUUAACUGAAGCCAUGACCCAGUAUCCCUCACAGUGCAGCAGUGGAUUGAUGUAAUGUGAAGGCAGGUUGUUGCGGAGGAUGCUGAAAAAGACAUGUAACUCCUGAGCUUUUGAUGCACCUGAAGGAAGGAAGAGCCAUGGGAAAGCCUGUGUCUGUAGUUCUUUUGAUACUCUUUGCUCUGAUGCUGAUGGGCACUGGGGCCAAAAAUUGUGUGUGCAAUGGAAAAUCAAGAUGCCAAUGUGAUGGAGUGAAAGGCAGCAGGGGAGAGAAAGGUACUCCAGGUGAGAGAGGUGUCCUUGGGAUGCUGGGUCGUCCAGGGUUAAAUGGUCAUGCUGGGCCUAUGGGACCAAAGGGCAACACUGGGCCUGAAGGACCUGUGGGGCCAAAAGGCGAUCAGGGACCUGAGGGUAAAGAAGGUUUUGCUGGGUCUCAUGGUUUACCGGGUGUCCCAGGUUUACAAGGGCCUCCAGGACCCCAAGGGGCCUCAGGCUGCAACGGAACGGACGGAGAAGUUGGACUUCCUGGUACUCCUGGAGACUUUGGUACUGAUGGAAAUCCAGGUCAACCAGGUCUGCCUGGACCUAAGGGUGAAUCCAGGGUGUCAUUGAACACACAACAAGGGCCACCUGGGCCACCUGGGAGGGAGGGACACCCGGGGGAUCUGGGUGACCGUGGAGAGUAUGGAACACCUGGCAACCCUGGACCGCGGGGCUCUGCUGGGUUUCCUGGCAACCCAGGGGCUUUGGGGUCUAAGGGUCAAGAAGGGAUUGGCGGUGUCCCAGGAACUCAGGGGCCAAAGGGUAGAUCAGGACCAGUAGGCCCACCGGGUCCACCAGGCCGGAUCAAAGAGUUUUUCUCUGAGAUUCGGUUGUUAAAGGGUGAAAAAGGUCUGAAAGGAGAUAUUGGAGAAAAGGGUUGCAAGGGUGAAAUAGGAGACCCUGGUUAUGGCUUCCAGUCCAAAGGAGCAAAGGGAGACAGAGGACCAGAAGGUUCUGAUGGAAAGCCAGGGAAGGAUGGUGACCCUGGACAACCUGGGUUUCAGGGAAACCCUGGCAGCAGAGGUGAUCCAGGAUAUCCAGGGGCACCAGGAUGGACGGGUGAAAGUGGAAACAGAGGUCCCCCCGGUCCACCUGGAGAAGUACAUGGGCCUUUGACUGAGCCUCAAAAGGGCUACCCUGGAGAUCCUGGCCCUCAAGGCCGGUCUGGGUUCCCUGGGCCUCAAGGUGGUGUGGGGUUUCCCGGACCCGAUGGGCCUCCAGGCCAGGCAUCCGGGAGUUAUGUGCCAGGACCACAGGGUUUUCCUGGCCCAAAAGGAGACCAUGGGGAGCCAGGGGGUCAUUAUACCGGGCUUCCAGGUCUGGAAGGAGAUCCUGGUAACGAAGGGCCUCCUGGGGAUCGUGGUCCACCUGGACCUCCUGAAGACAGAACUAACAGAGUCAUCAAGGGUGUCCCAGGAAUAAGGGGAGGGAGGGGACUGCCUGGACACCCUGGAUAUGACGGGGUGUUUGGAAUGAAAGGAGAGAAGGGGGAGCCUUGUUACGAUUGUUCCACAUCAGGAACCCGUGGACCACCUGGUCCCCGCGGUCCACCUGGCAGCCCUGGUACUAAUCAAGGACCAGGAGCUAAAGGUGAUCCAGGCUUCCCAGGACCAAGAGGCUCACCUGGAUUACCAGGACCUACUGGAGGAACUGGAUAUCCAGGUUCCCCUGGACAGAAGGGGGACUCAUCUUCCUACAGCAUCCCAGGGAUUAAGGGAGAAACAGGAGACCCAGGACACCAAGGCAGACCUGGUCCAGAUGGCAUUCCCGGGUUUCCUGGUCUGCCUGGUCGCAAAGGCGAUCAAGGACCUCCAGGGGAUAGAUAUCCCUACCAAGGGGCGGAUGGAGACCCUGGUUUCCCAGGUCCACCAGGGUCUGUUGGCAGACCAGGAUCACUUGGUGACCCAGGGCCAGGGGGGUAUGGGCCUGCAGGAUUUCCAGGAAAUAAGGGAGAUCCUGGGAUUCCUGGCCUUCCAGGGCAACCUGGAAUUCCUGGCCAGAAAGGGGAGUCAAACCACAGACACGUCAAAGGACUGCCUGGACCUCCUGGAUUCAAAGGCCGACCUGGCAUACCAGGGAGCCCAGGUAAUGAAGGAGUGCCAGGUUUCCCUGGAAGACCAGGGUUUCAAGGGCAGAAAGGAGAAAGAGGUGAUGUUUCACGUCCUGGACUGCCUGGGAACCAUGGGCCAAAAGGUGACAAGGGGCAGCCAGGUCCUGAAGGUCUUCAAGUUAGGGGUUUGCCUGGUCGGCAAGGUCAACCAGGUCUUCCUGGUCCUCCAGGACCAACGGGUGAUGGUGGCCCUGGAUACCCUGGACCUCCUGGACCCCCAGGGCUUCCAGGAAUGGAUGGGGGUCAUGGGCCUACAGGAGAUCCUGGCCCCUCUGGCCAGCCUGGGAACCCAGGGUCAGAUGGCAAUCCAGGAUUAGUGGGACAAAAAGGGAAUAAAGGAGUCAUAGGCCCCCCUGGAGUACCUGGAGAUAAAGACUCUUGUAAAGGUGAACCAGGACCAAGGGGACAACCAGGACCAGAUGGUUAUCGAGGACUUCCAGGACCUACCGGCCUGCCUGGUCAUAAGGGAGACGCAGGUUUGCCAGGGUUUGGUCGUCCUGGUGCCCCUGGGGAGCCAGGACUCAUCGGGCCAUCACUGCCAGGUCAACAUGGGCUUCCUGGACACAAAGGGAUAAAAGGACAAAGUGGUCUGCCUGGUAAACCAGGACCAAGAGGAGACCCUGGACUAGAUGGAAUACCAGGACAUGGACUUGUUGGAUUACCUGGAACCCCAGGACCACCUGGCCAAAGAGGGUAUCCUGGUCCAGAUGGAACCAAAGGAUUCCCAGGUCCCCCAGGCAUGAAUGGAGACCCAGGUCCCAAAGGUCUCCGGGGCCCUGAAUCACCACUACCAUCAGAUCAACUCGGACCCCCAGGGGACCCUGGUGAUCCGGGUCAACCUGGUCUACCUGGUGUUUAUGGAGACCCUGGAAGAAAGGGAUCACUGGGGCAGAGAGGCAAAGGGGGAGCACCUGGCAGCCCUGGACAAAGAGGUCCCCCAGGUGAUCCAGGCAUUGAUAGAACAGCUUCAGAUGGAAGUCCAGGACCUGCUGGAUCCACCGGAGACCCAGGGUUCAGAGGGCAUCCUGGCACAAAAGGAAUAAAAGGAGAGCAGGGAUUCCCUGGAACGACUGGUCCCCAUGGUGCAACAGGUCCAAGUGGUCCCAAAGGAGUAAAUGGAGAACCAAGCUAUCAUGGAUCUGGACCGCCUGGACCCCGGGGACAAAAAGGUGAACCAGUAUAUACUCACCCUUAUUCCUUGAAGGGUCAGAAAGGUGAACCUGGUUUAGUUGGACCUUCAGCUUCAUCAGGAGACCGUGGAGCCAAAGGAAACCAGGGACCUGUGGGACAGCCUGGUCCACCAGGCUACCAAGGGCCUAAAGGUUCAGAUGGACCUCCAGGUAUCAAAGGACUCACAGGACCUUAUGGACCACCAGGUAACCCAGGUGCGCCAGGUGUUGGUAGUUAUGCAGGUCCAAAAGGCGACCAGGGCCGAGAUGGGAUCCCUGGACCACCAGGGCAAAAGGGAGAGAGUACCCCAAUAGGAGGAACACCUGGCAAGCGUGGCGCAACAGGUGACCAAGGUCCUCCAGGAGACCCUGGUCCCCCCGGUUUUACUGGUACAUCACCAGCUGGACCACCAGGAGCCAGCGGAAGUCGAGGUCUCCCCGGGGUCCCUGGCCCAAGAGGACUACCAGGAAGAGAGGGCCUUUGUGUUCCUGGGUCAAAAGGAAGCCCUGGCUAUCCUGGCACACCUGGUAGUUCAGGCUAUGGCCCACCUGGUCCUCCGGGGCCCACAGUGUCGGGGCUGAAAGGAGAAAGAGGGAACCCUGGUAGUACAGGGGGCCCAGGCUAUGGUGGACCCACAGGAGAUCCAGGCCCUCCAGGACCCCAUGGUGUAGCUGGCAGACCUGGAGGCCCGGGACCAAGAGGUGAUCCUGGUCCUCUUGGAUUCCAAGGCCCCCCUGGUUACAAAGGAGAGCCUGGAUACAUCCAAGGCCCACCUGGUCCACCUGGGGUGAAAGGUUUCCCUGGACGACCUGGCCUCAAAGGUGACCCUUCAUAUGUUGAUGUGAUACCUGAACGAGGAAAUCCUGGCUUCCCUGGUGACUCUGGAAAUAAAGGAACCCAAGGGAGCCCUGGACCAUCAGGACCACCAGGCAUACCAGGCCAGCUUGGCAUUAAAGGACAACGUGGCGCCACCCCAGCUGGCCCACCAGGAUUUACAGGCCACAAAGGAGACAAAGGAAGGGCUGGGACAACAGGUUUGGAAGGACCGCCUGGAAACACAGGCCACAAGGGUCGUCCAGGGUUACCAGGGAAAGCUGCUCUAGGCUAUGUUGACAGCUUCCUGAUAGCGAGACACAGCCAGACUACACGGAUACCCGACUGUCCUCUUGGCAGCACCCUCAUCUACACCGGUUACUCCUUCCUCUUCAUCAAAGGCAAUGAUAGAGCUCACGGUCAAGACCUCGGUACCUCAGGAAGCUGUCUCCCUCGUUUCUCCACCAUGCCCUUCAUGUUCUGUGACACCGAAACAAACUGCCGCUACGCCUCCCGUAACGACUACUCCUACUGGUUGUCCACUGACAAGGCAAUGCCGGCAAACAUGGUUUCCAUUACAGGGGACACGCUGGCCUCCUACAUCAGCAGGUGCUCAGUGUGUGAAAUCACCUCCAAUGUCAUAGCCGUGCAUAGCCAGACAACGCAGAUACCUGCAUGCCCUCGAGGCUGGGAGUCCCUGUGGAUGGGAUACUCAUUCGUCAUGCAAACAGGUGCAGGAGCAGAGGGCUCCUCCCAGCCCCUGGUGUCUCCCGGCUCAUGUCUGGAAAGUUUCCACCAAGUGCCCUUCAUCGAGUGUCACGGCAGAGGGACAUGUAACUACUACCCAGAUUCAUAUAGCUACUGGCUGGCCUCCGUGGACCCCAACAACAUGUUCAGUAAACCUGUUUCUCGGACAGUAAAAGGACCUUCUCUACACAGUGUAAUCAGCAGAUGCCGAGUCUGCAGGAAACCGUUGCAGGAUAAUAAUGGACGUGGGGACAGUUUUUAAAAAACAAGUUUUGUCUUUUUCAAUCUGAUUUGAAGUAUGAAUAUGUGGUAAAUGUGAGAUUAACAUUUUAGUAGUGUGUAGUUCUCAUAUCUAAUAAAUGGAUGUUAAUGUGUUGCAGACCUGUGUUUGAGUCUUUGCUCUGAAUAAACUGACUUUGUCACUUUUCAAA